AUGCCGUGGAAUGGGAUGGAUUACGGGCCGAGCGAUGCGCCACGAUCCCUCUCCCCGACCAAGUUGUCCCCUUCUCGCCAUGGUACCGACCCCCCACGGAUCAACUUUCUCGGUCGCAACUUUGCCAGAGCGUUGGAGAGGGACAAGUCGGCUCAGGCCCAGAUCCAUUCCGGUCCCGUCGUCAUCUCACGAUCCUCUGCCGUCCCUCGCGCACCUCGGAUGAUGAGGCAGUCCUCCUCCCCGAGCACAUCCACCAGACCUCGCGAGUCCAUCUCUUCGCCCUCUUCGACCCCUCAUCGAACAGUCCCCCUGCCACCAGCCGAUGAUGAUUCUGACGAUCUCGAAGAAGGCGAGUUGGUCUCCCCGUCCAAGGCACUGCGUCGACCCCCACGUAGAUCACCUACUCCCGAGAUCACACACAUCUCCAGUCCGACGACUUCUUUCUUGGAGCAGUUGACAAUGACGCAAGACGAGCUCUGGAGGAGGGCAGUGGUCGAGGGAGUGGAGGAGCCAGAGGAGCCUGUGGAGGAGAAAUCGGUUCAGUCGGACACUCGAGACACGCUCGACGUCGAGCGACCCGAGACACCGAGUGUUCCGCCGCCUCCGCUGACUCCAGGACCCGAGACGGAGCGCGAGCUGGAGGAGCGUGAGGAUGUGGUGGCGGAGCUGGCUCCGGGACCUGCGCCGUCGACUGGACCGUCACCAUCCAUCAAGCCGCAAAGCGACUCGAUCCAGCAACCACAGGCGCCGUCGCCUGCGCCGUCACCACCUAUCGAGCCGCAGAACGACCCGAUCCAGCAACCCCAUGCGCCGUCGCCUGCGCCGUCACCACCCAUCGAGCCGCAAGGCGACUCGAUCCAGCAACCACAUACGCCGUCGCCUGCGCCGUCACCACUCAUCGAGCCGCAAGGCGACUCGAUUCAGCAACCUCAUGCGCCGUCGCCCGCGCCGUCGCCAACCAACGCCCUCGCCCCGCGAGCGACCAUCGCCGAACGACGAUCCGUACAACUCCCCCAUGCCAUCAACAAACCCCCAUUCAGCAGACACGAUCCACGCGUCGACACCCACGCCAGCGCAGAAUCCAUCGAGCUUGACCCUGGCCCCGAACCUCAAGUCUCGGAAGACAUCAGACGGCUAAAGGUGAUCGCUGCGAUCAGACUCGCGCAACAACAACAACCCCUCCCCGCUCUCGAUAUCGACCCAGUUCUCAACGCCAACGCCCUCGUCGCGCCAGUCGCCAACACCCGCGUCUCCUCACACCCUUACGCCCCAAUAAACCCCGCCGUGUCCCCUCUCGUCACUCGCCAAGUCGGCAGGGAAAAGAUACACCAGGCCGACAAGGUCGCCCGUCUGAAAGCCGAAUACCUCAGGAUCGACAAGCAAUGGAAAGAGCACUGCCGUGCCCUCGACGCCAGUAUGGAGCUACGAGGUCCACCCCCUGCCGACCUCUACGCCACACCGAACGCCUUGCCCAUCCUCACCCCCGCUGCAGGUCCCGCUCCGACCACACCCGGCGACGAAGUUUUUGGCUCGCGUGCGAACCGCCGGCGAGGUGCUGGAGACUCGGUAGCGACAGAGGCAGAAUUCCAAGAAAUCCUCCUCAGUCUCCAAGACACUGCCGCGAGAGAUCCGACAUAUCGCGCCAGCAAGACGACCGCUGUCGUACCCGACAUGAUCUUGGACGAUGAAAAGCGGCUCCUGUAUGACGACGAAAACGAUCUUGUCACCGAUCCCGUCGCUUUCUACGACUUUAAUGGCGACGCCGAGCCCGAAUGGACCGCCGAGGAACGUGCCACCUUUCUCCGACGCUACCUCGCCUAUCCAAAGCAGUUUGGAAAGAUUGCCGAUGGUCUGCCCAACAAGGAGGCCGCGGAGUGCGUCCACUAUUACUAUCGCACCAAAAAGUCUGUCGACUACAAAGGCAUGCUCGCCUCACGACGUGGCGACAAGAAGAAACGUGUCGUACCGAUCAAAAAGGGCGGCAAGAGUUCUGCUCUUCUCGCAGAUAUGGAGAGGAAAAAACCGACAGUCGACAAGACCCACCCGGGACCCAAAUCGCACAUCACCCCGGCUAAAAGUCGCGAUCUGCUCACCGCCCGACAGCGCGUGCUCAAGGAGACUCCCGGUGGCUCCUCCUCCAAGGAGGGCGAUCUGGUCGACUCUAGCGCUGCUCCCUCUCGUGCCGGUAGCGAAGGCCCAUCGACCAAGUCAAAGAUGCGCAUGACGGUCAAGACCGCCACUGCCGCUACCACCAAGCGGCCACGCACCAGCACGGCGACCGAAACCCUUCCUACCGAACCAGCAACCCCCUCCGACCUCUUACCCCCCGUCAAGCGUCCCGGCAAGCGGCGCAAGGUCGAUGCGGACCCCAAUGCUCCCGACGACAAACCACCCUCUCGACGAAACGCCACAAACUCGUAUUGGUCCGUCGAGGAGAAGCGGCGGUUCAAGGAGCUCUACAAGCGACAUCAGGGAGAUACCCGAGCCAUUGCAGCAGAGCUCGACGGCAAGUCGGAGCGCCAGGUCAGCAACUAUUACGACGCGCACAAGGAUCAAAUUGAUGGCCCGGGGGAGACUGUGGAGGAAGAAGAGGUCAAGCCCCCACCAUUCACGUGGAGCGGCGUCAAUCCUCCCGGACCUCAACUCGGCACAUUUCCCAUCGUUGCCAUCGUCCCCAUCCCCCGUCCCGGUGGCAUGCCACUGUCCGCCAUGCUGAACAAUGACGCCGCAGAAGAGUCCUCCCGGUAUGGGCGCUUUGACACUGACAAUGCUUCUGACGCCACGGUAUCCGAGCGCGACGGGGAAAACGCAAUGACACGACCUUCACCUAGAUCCAUCAUCCCCUCUCUCGCGACGCCUCACGCUGCGCCGCCGCCGCCUUCCGAGGAAAGACGGAGGUCCAGCUUUGGAGCAGUGUACGAGCGUCCCGACCACCACACCACACUAUAUUCACCUCGACCGUGGCUACCCUCGCAUCGACAACCGAUCGAUCCGGCAUACCCAGCACCGCCUCCGCGACCCUCCACCGUCGCCCCGGCCAACCCCUACCAUGCAUCCCGAAACUCGCCAUGGCACCCUCCAUCUCUUGACAGGCAUCUCGAAUACCCGCGUCCCCAGCAUCUUGUUGAUCGGUCGCCGGAUUCGCCACAGCAGUGGCAAUAUGGACCCGGCUCUAGGACAUUGUAUGAGGAUAAAAAAUAA